AUGGCUACUUCUCAGAGAAGUAAACGUACGAGUCAAAGCAGUGCUGCAGGAGCUACUUGUUCGAGUGCAAAAGAUUCUGUUGCUCGGUCAGAGGUUAGAGCACUAGCACAUAUAUACGCAAUCCGAGCUAGAGAAGAAGCCAGGGCUCCAGACAUUAUUGCUGGUACUUUCUAUCUCUCUAAUGUUAUUGUAUAUGCAUUAAUUGACCCAGGGUCUACACAUUCUUAUAUUUGCACAGUAUUAGCAUCAGAAAAGAAAUUGUCUGUUGAACCAACUGAAUAUGAUGUUCAAUUCGACGUUAUACUGGGAAUGGAUUGGUUGACAAAACAUGAUGCUGUGAUAAAUUGUUGCGAGAAGCAGAUCAGUUUGAAAUGUCAGACAGGUGAUAUACUUUCUGUUGAGCCUGAGAAUUCAAAUGAUGUUAUCAAAAUUAUUUCAGCUUUUUUGGCUCAGAGAUUAAUGCGGAAGGGUAAUGAGGAAGUUGAAUUUGUGAUUGAUGUGGUACCGGGGACAGCUCCUAUAUUAGUGACACCAUAUCGUAUGGCACCAGCUGAGUUAAAAGAGCUGAAGACAUAG